CACACACACACACACACUUUUCGUCUUGGAAACGGGAUUUGAACGCACCUCCACCAGCUCCGCCUCACCCCAUCCCCCGGUUUAGGCGUCCCCUGAUCGGACUGGGCCUGGUUCCCUAGAGUUGGAGGCCAGGCCGGGAGUAGGACAGAGUCCGGCCGGGCUGCCGCUGUCUUCGGUCGGUUUCUGGAGCCUGCAGUGGGCCGCCGUGCUUCCGCUUCUCUGUGCGCGGGUUCCGUGUGUGUGUGUGCGUGUUUUUUUCUCCCGGACACUUUGGGAUAAAAUCUGGAUUAACCAUCGCCCCGGCACCGGGAGCUGGAUGUGUAUUUUGCCCCGCAGAAGUCACCUGGAGUCCGGGAGGAGAAACGGGGCCGAUGGCGCAACGGUUUGAGGACCUGGCUCACUACUACGGGCCGGACGGCCCAGCUGGAGUCUAUGGAGACCCUCCACACCACCACCACCACCACCUCCACCACCACCAGCCUGGCCUCUACCCUCCGCACCAGUACGCCCAGUCCGCUGCCUCGGCCGGGGACGGCGUCAAGAGAGACAAAGACGCCAUUUAUGGACAUCCAUUGUUCCCUCUGCUGGUGCUGAUUUUUGAGAAAUGUGAACUGGCGACCUGCACGCCGAGGGAGAGCGGGGAGGCCGGAGGAGACGUCUGCUCCUCGGACUCAUUCAGCGAGGACAUCGGCGUCUUCUCCAAACAGAUCCGAUCGGAGAAGACUUUAUUUUCAUCAAACCCAGACAUGGAUAACUUGAUGAUUCAAGCAAUACAGGUGCUGCGUUUCCACCUGCUGGAGCUGGAGAAGGUUCACGAACUCUGUGAUAAUUUCUGCCAUCGGUACAUUGGCUGUCUGAAAGGCAAAAUGCCACUCGAUCUGGUUAUAGACGACAAAGACGAAAGCAGGUCGGACAGCGAGGAGUUUGGGAGGCUGUCUGAGAACAAUGUGGACCAGGUUUCGUGGAGCAGAGAUCAAGAUGACUCGGCGUCCAUCAGGUCGUCCGGGACGCCAGGACCCUCCAGCGGAGGACACACGUCUCACAGUGGAGAUAACAGCAGUGAACAAGGUGAUUGUCUGGAUAACGACGCAAGGUCUCCGAGCACUGGCGACGACGACGACCCUGAAAGAGACAAACUAGCCAACAAGAAGAGAGGCAUCUUCCCCAAAGUGGCGACCAACAUCCUGAGAGCCUGGCUGUUCCAGCACCUAACACACCCGUACCCAUCGGAGGAUCAGAAGAAGCAUCUGGCUCAGGACACGGGCCUCACCAUCCUGCAGGUCAACAACUGGUUCAUCAAUGCGAGGCGGCGAAUUGUUCAGCCAAUGAUUGACCAGUCCAACAGAGCAGGGAGCCAGGCGGGACCGUACGGCCCAGAUGGUCAACCAAUGGGAGGCUUCGUCAUGGAUGGACAGACACACAUGGGAAUCAGACCAACGGGUCCGCUGGGUGGUGUUGGGGUGGGGAUGGAGGGACAGUGGCACUACUUGUAGCACCACCACCGCCUCCACCCUGAAGCUAGAAGAGCUGCCCAGAUUCCCAAGAAAAUACAGUGAGUAUCUUCAUGCAGAAAACAGCUCAGAUAGAUAAUUUAUCUUUUUUGUUAAUCCCGUAGUUAAAUAUAUUCAC